AUGUCCGGCUACGACCGAGCUCUUUCAGUCUUCAGCCCUGAUGGGCACGUCUUCCAGGUCGAGUAUGCGAUGGAGGCCGUGAAGCGAGGAACAUGUGCCGUUGGUGUCAAAGGCAAGGACAUCGUCGUCCUCGGUUGCGAGAAGCGCUCCGCCCUCAAACUCCAAGAUACCCGAAUUACCCCCUCAAAGAUCGCCUUGGUGGAUGACCACGUGUGCCUGGCUUUUGCUGGUUUGAAUGCCGAUGCUCGUAUCUUGAUCGACAAGGCUCGUUUAGAAGCCCAGUCGCACCGCCUGACUGUGGAGGACCCCGUCACCAUCGAAUAUAUCACCAAAUACAUCGCCAGUGUGCAACAGAGAUAUACACAGAGUGGUGGUGUGCGUCCAUUCGGUAUUAGUACACUGGUCGUUGGUUUUGACAAGAAUGACGGCACACCGCGUCUGUACCAGACUGAGCCGUCAGGUAUCUACUCGGCUUGGAAAGCCAAUGCCAUCGGCCGAUCCAGUAAGACGGUCCGGGAGUUCCUUGAGCGUAACCACCAGGAGGAUAUGGACCGGGAGCAGACUAUCCAGCUGACUAUCAAGUCAUUGCUGGAGGUCGUGCAGACAGGUGCCAAGAACAUUGAAGUCGCUAUCAUGGCCCCUGGUCAGCGGGUUGAGAUGCUGCCAGAUGACCAAAUCGAGGCCUAUGUCAAGAGCAUUGAGACUGAGAAGCAGGAGGAGGCAGCUAAGAAGAAGACUGCUCGUGGCAGUACUACUACCACGGCCAUCCUCACCCGACCCGGUGGUGAAUCGACCGAUUAA